CCGUAUGUACUCGCAGCUCUCUGUCCGGUACACAGUGGAAACAUGUCGGGAAGGAGGGAACCCAGCGGAGGAACUGCGUUCAUGAAACCUACACCUGAGACAUAAACUGACCGUUAAUCAGUCCGGACGGACGGUGGGGUGUUAGCCGAGUUAGCAACCGCCGGGGCCACGUUACUAAUUCACGGAAGCGGGCCGGUCACGAGCGAAUGGACGGAUAAAGACCAACAGCCGGGGCUCGAUCAGAAGAAGUAGCCCAGCAGGCAGGCGGCCGGGGCCGGGCAGAGAAAGAAGAAGGGACAGUGUGUGUGUGCUCGAAACAAGACUGGGUUGCUGCUUGCUAGGGGAUGUUAUCCGUACUGUCUUAUGGCAGACUGGUAGCCAGGGCUGUCCUGGGCGGACUCUCUCAAACGGACGGUCGGGACUACAGCCUGAUCACCGCCAGUUAUGGCUUCGGUAAAGACUUUCGGAAGGGGAUCCUGAAGAAAGGGAUGUGCUACGGUGAUGAUGCCUGCUUCAUUGCGCGGAACAGGAACGCAGACGUUUUGGGUGUUGCAGAUGGCGUAGGUGGUUGGCGUGACUACGGCGUCGACCCGUCUCAGUUCUCAGCCACGUUAAUGAGAACCUGCGAGCGACUGGUGAAGGAGGGACGCUUCACUCCCAGUAACCCAGUGGGUAUCCUUACAUCUGGCUACUAUGAGCUUCUACAGAACAAAGUUCCCCUGCUAGGGAGCAGCACAGCUUGUAUCGUGAUUCUGGAUCGACGGAGUCACCGGUUACACACAUGUAACCUGGGUGACUCAGGCUUCUUGGUGGUUCGGGGAGGAGAGGUGGUUCAUCGCUCAGACGAGCAACAGCACUAUUUUAACACGCCCUUCCAGCUGUCAAUCGCUCCCCCCGGAGCUGAAGGGGUGGUGCUCAGCGACAGCCCUGAAGCAGCUGACAGCUCCUCCUUCGACGUGCAGCUCGGUGACAUCAUCCUGACGGCAACCGACGGCCUCUUUGAUAACAUGCCAGACUAUAUGAUUCUGCAGGAGCUCAAAAAACUCAAGACUACCAACUAUGACAGCGUCCUGCAGACUGCACAGAGUAUUGCAAAGCAAGCUCACGACCUUGCCUACGACCCCAAUUACAUGUCCCCUUUUGCACAGUUUGCCUGUGACAAUGGCCUGAAUGUAAGAGGAGGGAAGCCAGAUGAUAUCACGGUGCUGCUGUCCAUUGUGGCUGAAUACACAGACUAAAAAGUGUGUCUGAGAGUGUGUGUGUGCUUCUCUGGGGCUGACCCUCCCUUCCCGUCUGCCUAAGUCUUCCACCUGCAGCCCUCCCAAAAAUGCACUGCAUCCUGUGGGCUGACAGGGGAGGCUCACCAACGACGACACACACUCCUUGCUGCGGGGCCGACGUCCACCCGUGUACAUUUUUUGUUUUCUUCCUCUGUUGUUGUUUUGGUGCUUGAACGGUUGAGGGGAAUCAGGCAGCUAGGACAUUUUCAUGUUGAUCAUGAGGCAGGAGGAGUUGAGCACGACGGGCUGAGGGAUGUCUUUCAGUCGCUUGUGUCUGAAUGUGUCGCAUCAACACUUUUUAGGUGUCUGGGAGACAGCCCGGGACAGAUCGGCUUAAAAGGGGCUUUAAAACCUGGUAGCCCUUGUGUACAAAAAAGUGAUAUAAUAAGAGGAGUAAGCCAAGUUUGGGAUUUUUGGGAGAGUAGUGAUAGAGUAUUGAACCUGGCUAGCUGUCUCUGUUGCUCCAGUUGUUAAUCUGUUCCUUGUUGUUAAUGUGUUUGAACAAAGCAAAUGUAUGGACUGAGAAAGCGGAUGUCAGUAAUGGAUGGGUGUUAUUAGAGAAUGAGAUUCAAGAAUGGGCUUUCAGUUUCUUGGGAAUGUGAACGUUGAAAGAGCGAACUGCUCCGAUCAAAGAAACCUGUAAAGGGAAACCAUAACACAUGUUAGAGCUUACACGUGAAGGCUAAUCAGUUUUCGUCACUUGGCAGGGGGGAAUCUGUCGGACCGCACAUCCCGAUAAGUUGUAAAUAUUUUUGUGUUUUUAGGGCUUCGUUCCGGCCUUUCUGUUGUCUUCGCUUCGGCUGCUGAAGCAAAGAGCUAUUUCGUUACUAUCGUGGAGGAUGUACACAUGCAUUCAUAAAUAUAUUUUCUUGUAUAGAUGUUAAUCUUGAAGUGAGCUUUAUCAAUCCCACACUUCCACUGGCUGAAAUGAACAAGAAGGUCUUUGCUGAGAUUGAUCGCUGCAACACGUGUGGUAGGGAGGAUGUUUUAAAAAAAAAAAAAGUGUGAGUGUGUGUGGUACACAUGUGAGUUAUUGGGAUGUGUGGCGUACUUAAUGUUAAUAUUUGUUAUCUUGUCUCACAAAGCUAAAGCUAGCAUCUGGGAAUGCUUACUAUUGCAAUGAUAGGUCAGGCGUGUGUUUAAAGGAAGAGAUGUAUUUUUUU